AUGGUUAAACGAUUAGUUAUCAAAGCAUCUAAUAGUUACGAUGGAGAUUUUCAAAUAGUUCCAAUAAACACCUUAAUACCUAUCAAAAUUGAUAGUGAUAUUGGUACUUUCGAGUUAAUUAUUAAUAUAAAAAAUUUUGAUGGUUCGGAAUUUCAUAAAGAUAAUAGUUUAUACAAUGUAGGAGACGAUAAAUAUUUGAACGGCGAAAAGUUUAAUAAACAAAGUGAUGAAACAGAACAAUCCAAUUUAUCAUUUGAAGUAAAUUUUAAACCAAACAUGUCACUCAAUGGUAAAGAAUUUGCCUUUGGUAAUGAUUUUUCAACUCCGAUAAAAGAUUAUGUUCCCACUACAUUAUUAUCAGCUGGUUUGAAAUUUUUUAAUUGGUUCAUAAACAGUACCGUAAGAGGUGAUAUUUAUAGUGAAAAACCUUAUUUAUACGGUCCAAUAUUGAAUAGUUGUACUUAUAUGUCGAUUGAUGAUCCAAUACCCUUCAAGUAUAGUAAUUCAGACACAAGUAGUAAUAAAUUACCAGAAAAUUUGAAUGACAAUAUUGAUAAUACUUUGAAAAUUCCAUCUUUAUCAUUAGAAAGAAAGAGAUUCUUCAAUAAAUUAUCCAAUUGUGAAAACUUCAUAUUCUUGGAUUCAAAUACUUAUAAAUUAAAAUUUGAUACUAACUUUAUCAAAAUGGCAGAUUCCAAAUAUUCGGUCAGUUUACCAACUUAUAAUAACAACACAUUUGAUAUCAAUGUUUCUAAUUAUGCCAAUGAUAAAUUAGAUAAUUUUAAUUGGAUUAUAAAAAAUGGUGGAUAUGAAGGUGUUGGAACAGGACAAAUAGGCUUAGUAGUUAACUUUGCUCUACUUGAUGAAGAUUAA